GAAAGAUUAAAGGUCCACCAUUAGGCCGCUUCGUCUUUCGGCCGAAGCCGUCUCCUUGAGGCGGACGCAGGCGGAAGACAGCAGCGGGACCCUUUCGAGAAUAACGUAACAAGCUCCGGGGUAGUUUUUACCUCGAAGUUGUCCUCCUGUCCUCGGCAUGCCCCAUAAACACGUCUCCAACUCGGCUCCUGCUGCCGCUGCUGGAAUAAACCGUCAACAUGACCGUCCUCUUGCACUUCCGAGGUUGUUCCAGAGACUACGGAGGCAUCAUGUCGGCUCUGGGCUCGGAGUCCUGGUGGAAGAAGACCCUCUACAUCACCGGGGGGGCCCUGCUGGCUGCUGCAGCCUACCUACUGCAUGAGCUGCUCGCCAUCAGGAAGGAGCAGGAGUUGGACUCUAAAGAUGCCAUCAUCCUCCACCAGUUCUCCAGACCAAAGAACGGCAUCCCCAGCCUCUCCCCCUUCUGCCUCAAAAUAGAGACGUACCUGCGCAUGUUGGAUCUGCCUUACCAGAACUACUUUGACGGAAAGCUGUCACCGCAGGGGAAGAUGCCAUGGAUCGAGUACAACCACGAGCAGGUGUCGGGGUCGGACUUCAUCGUGGACUUCCUGGAGGAGAAGCUGGGGGUCAACUUGAACAUCAACCUCAGCCCACAAGAAAUAGCUGUGUCCAGAGCGGUGACCAAGAUGGUUGAGGAGCACCUGUACUGGACAUUAGCGUACUGCCAGUGGGUGGACAACGUUGAAGAAACCCAGAAGCUGCUGGCAAUGACUGGUCCUCUAAGUGACACCCUGAAGUGGCUGCUGAGCCACCUGAACGGUAGCAUGGUGCGCAGAGAGAUGUACGGCCACGGCAUCGGCCGCUUCUCCAAGGAGGAGGUCUACACGCUAAUGGAGAAGGACAUGAGAACCCUGGCCACGCUGCUGGGAGAUAAGAAAUACUUUAUGGGCUCCAAGAUGUCAACAUUAGAUGCCACGGUGUUCGGCCAUCUAGCUCAGGCUAUGUGGACUCUACCUGGGACCCGGCCAGAGCAACUCAUCAAAGGAGAGCUGAUCAACCUGGCCAUGUUCUGUGAACGGAUGCGCAGGAAGUUCUGGCCCGAGUGGUUCGUGGAGGUGGAGGACCUUUACUACGACGGAGACAGCGAGAGCAGCAGCGGCGGCAGCCCUGCAGGCCUGCUGGACUUCGGCCUGUUCUCCAGGACUGACACUCUGGACGACAGCGACAGCAGCAGCCAGUCAGCCAGACACACACACUCCCCCUCCCCUGAGUCGGACCGCUCGCUUUUUGACUCGGACGUGGGGACGGGCUCUGAAAAUGACAUUCAGCUCAAAGAGGAGACCAUGCCAGACCUCGAGGUUUGAGCCGUGACCGGUGGGCCGACAGGAAGCUGGAACAGCGGAUGCAGCGGGCGGCUGCGUGGUGUCACACGGUGAAUCUGUGUCCAGAUGACGGUUUGCACAUCUGGAGAGACUAUAACAGCUUCUCCACUUCCAAACCCCAGCAUGUUACAGCUUCCCUACGGACUGGGUGUUUAUAUGCAGAGGAUACAAAGUAAACCUCAUUUAAAAAAAACAAAAAAAAAAACAUAUAGUGUACCAUUUGUCCCCUUCUGUAAUAUCUGAACUGUCACAUCGGCAGUUCCUCUUUGCCUUAUUUGUCUCAUCCUCAGAUACAGAAGUCUCCGUGGAAGUUACACAAACUAAAUGUCUGAUCUCAUGAAAAGUGCAGCGAAGAAGAAGAAGAAGAAGAAGAAGCUGCAGACGAGACAGGUGGCACUUCACUUGCCAUGAGAUGAUGCAACUAAUCACCGCUCUGCCAUGUGUCAAAAACGCAUAAAUCCAUUCAAACAGGUGGAGUUUGAUCAUGUGGCUCAAAAGGAACAGCUGCCGCGUCUCUGCUGUUUACAAUCCGAGUGCUGAAUAGUAAACACAGACAACAGUGAGUGCCACUUCUCGGCCACCUCAGAUCAUGGUGUCAUCUCCUCGAUGCUGCAGCGUAUCGUGGAAAUCUCACCGAGAAGGGGGGCGCCUAUGAUUUGAUCCCCAACCCAAAUCUGUGCGAAGGUUUAUUGGAUGGAGGGCAGACGGAAGAAUUUGUGCCUGUUUCAUUUACCUUUGUUUUUCUGCAGUGAGUAAAUAUAGGAGCACUUUAUGUUCAAGCUUGGCUUCACAUGUCAGAGCCACAGUGUCUAUGUUCGACCAGUAGAUGGAGGCAGAGGGCCCCUCCCGACGCCCCUUCCUCUGUUAGAGCAGCUUCCCGAAGGAGAUGUGAGUCAUUUACUGCUACAAAGUAUUUGUCCGUCAUUCCUGACGCUGUAAUUCCCAUUCAUCGGUGACCUGUCCUACAGCGUGUAGGUGUCGUGUGUGUGUGGGUGCAUGCGUAGCCGCAGACUGAAACUGAGCCCAGCAGCAAAUCAGCCUUAGUGCUCAGAAUAUUUAGAAACUGCUCACAUUAGACACGUGGUGUUUUUGUUCUAGCAUGAUUUAUUAACAGUGCCAUUUGAUUUUUUUUUUUCUAACGAGUUUAUGUAUACAAAUCUAUAUUUUUGUUAUUUAUUUGCGUAUUGCUCUCAGAGACAUGUUAUUUUGCACUUGCUGGAAAUUGUUUUCACCUUUUAUGUCAAGUCUGAUGUGAAAGCACAGAAAAGGCCAAAAAAAGAGAUGCUACGAUGGAUGUAACGCGGGAGACUAAAGGUUCUGGUAAUGACUGCUCAGUGGGGGGGGGGGAACGCUUAGCUUAUCUCGGCUGUGUGUACGUGAAUGUUACCCCGUGCGAAUGUGAUCGGUGGGACCGUUCACGAAAAGGCCUUCAUGGACUGGGUCAGCGUUUCCAAACCAAAAGUAGCUAGGUGAAAAGCUCCUGAGUGAAAACAUGGACCAGAGGUAUCUCAGGAAACAAGCGCUCCAAAUGACCAGAGUCCUGGUCUAGGAAAUAAUUACGCAUGAUGAAAAGUAGUCGCAGGGAUGCUGAUGACUUUGUUGGCUCUGCCAUUAAAGAUGUGUGAAAAGCCUAAAAAAACAUAUUUUAUUGCCCAGGCAUUGUUUAAAAAUUCAACGCUAAUCCGAGUAUAUUUAUUACAGUCAGGGGGGGAAUCCAGCAUUAGGAAGCAACUGUUAAUAAAACCACCACUGGUACGAUCAUUGUUACCUCGCUGUGAACGUGGUGAAGCAUAAAGAGGGAGAGACCUUUUCAUAAUCUGGAUGAUCCAUCCUGGGUCCUCCAUGGGGAGUGGUGGCCUCAUGUUUAGAGCAGUGCUCUUCAUUCUGAGAAGGAUGCACGUUCCCAGUCUGAUCCCCGCAGACUGCCACCAUGGGUCCCUGAGCAAGACCCUUGGCCCCAGAUUCCUCCCCAGGCGCUGUAAGAUGCCCACUGCUCCCUAAGGGAUGGCUUAAAUGCAGAAGACACUUUUUGUAGGAAUGUGACGUUGCAACAACAAAUAAAGAUUACUUCUUUCGUUAGAAACUCUGAACAAUUAAAAAAAAGUAAAAUGAAUGUAUCAAAAAUGCUUCAGUUAUAUGGACAUUAUGUUAAAAGGAUUGUAGAAGAUGCCAACAACAACUGUGAUUUUAUUAAAAACAAUUAUAGUGUUUCCUGUAAUAAAAUAUCGGUUUAUUUUAGGUAUUUUCACACAUUUUUGCCACUGGUACCCACAAAUAUGUACACAUCUGUAUCUAAAAUGGGUGGACCAAUGAAAUUCAGAAAACAGUGCCCACACAUACUGGCAUAAAGACUCUCUCCCAAACACAGAAGAGAUGAAUGGAAAUUUAUUUGUGGCACAUAAUACAAAAA